AAAAGCAAUUGCUGUCAGGGGAGUGAGGCUUCUCCAAACAGUUGCAAAUCUUUUUGUAAAAUUAAAUAUUUCAUACAUUGCAUUUUUAGAAAGACCUAAAGGAUGGAUCUAAGAUCUCCCGAAGUGGAAUUUCCCAGGGACGGCUAUCCUGAGCUCCACCUCACUGACAGUCACGCAGCGUCCUGGGAAAGCGGGGAGACGCUCAGCUCAGCUCUGCAGACGCGCGGCGCGUCCCAGGAGCCUCCGUCCCCCGCCCGCAGAGGCCGCAGCUGGGAAGGCUCCCUGGGAAAUCCCGCACGUCUGCGCGCGCAACCCCGGCUGCGGGUCCGCGCGGCGCGCUGCUGCCGUGGUAACCGCAGCGCGCGCACGCGCACGUGCACAGACGGCUAGGAGGGCCGGGCUGAGAGCAGAGGCUCGCCGCGGGAGGAGGAGUUUAUCCUCCCACUGGCCGUCGCUCCCCGCUUGGUGGGCGUGCGCGCGCCGCCCGUCUCCUCCGGCUGGAGCGUCCCCAGCGGCACGCGCCCGGCUCGCGCGCUCAUUCCCUCCCAGCCGCACACGCACUCACGCCGCGCUCCUCCCGCAUUUGUGCGCCGGUGCAGCAGGCAGGGGAGCAUCCGGGCAUUUCCGCAGUCGAGCGUCGAUCCCGGCGGCGGCGGCGGGGUCGACGAGCGACGAGCUCCCAUGGCUGGGACGAGGCGGGGGGCAGGCGAGCGGGGGGCGAGGCGCUGAGCCGGCGGCUGUCGCGGGGGCGGGUCCCGGGGGAGGCGGAGGGGAAGCGGCGCUCCCCGGCGGCGGAGGGCUGGGCGCGGGGCUCGCUGCUCUCGCGCACGGCGCCGGCCCGCCCGGGCUCGGGAGAUGCAUCUGCAUCAGGUCCUCACCGGGGCUGUCAACCCCGGGGACAACUGCUACUCCGUGGGCAGCGUCGGGGACGUCCCCUUCACGGCUUAUGGAUCCGGCUGUGAUAUUGUCAUUUUGGCAAGUGACUUUGAAUGUGUGCAGAUCAUCCCUGGUGCUAAGCAUGGAAACAUCCAAGUCAGCUGUGUGGAGUGUUCUAACCAACAUGGACGAAUCGCAGCUUCAUACGGUAAUGCUGUUUGCAUCUUUGAACCAUUGGGUAUAAAUUCUCAUAAGAGGAAUUGUCAACUCAAGUGUCAAUGGCUUAAAACUGGGCAGUUCUUUUUGAGUUCUGUGACAUACAAUUUGGCAUGGGAUCCUCAAGAUAACAGAUUGUUGACAGCAACUGAUUGUAUUCAGUUGUGGGCUCCUCCAGGAGGUGACAUUCUUGAAGAGGAGGAAGAAAUUGAUAAUAAAAUUCCUCCUGUUUUAAAUGAUUGGAAGUGCAUCUGGCAGUGCAAUCUGAUGAUGAAGAGGACAGAUAAGAUUCCUAUUCUCAUGGAACUUCAAUUUGAGCAAGGAAAGACAGUGAAAACACCAUAUAUGAAGAAGAGCUUUGAGGAAAGAUAA